AUGCAUUCCUCCAGCCUUCUCUUCGUUGCUGGCUUGCUCGGCGCAGCCGCUGCCCAGUCACACUAUGACACCCGCUCCCUUGACAUCACCAACGACAUCUGGGAGCGCGCUCUUGCUGAAGAUGCCCUUGACCUGGAAAGCCGUGGCUUCAAGACUGGCGUCGCCAAGGCCCUGAACAAAAUCAAGGGUGGCCCUCCCAUCGCCAAGUCGAUUGAUCGCAAGCCUGCCAAAGUGCACAACAAACUGCAAAAGAAGCCUCCGGCCGCGAAGGCUCCCAAGGCCCCCAAGACCCACAACAAGCUCCAGAAGAAGCCCCCCAAGAACAUUGGCAAGAACUUCCGUCGCGAUCUCGAUGACGAUGAGAUUGCUCAAUUCGUGAGAGAUCUCGAGGAAGCUGAGCUCGAAAUCCGUGCGCCGAAACGGUCUCAUUCCAAGGGCAGGAAGCACAGGAAGAGGCCUCACAAGAGCAAGUCGCGCAAGCUGCGCAGGAAGCAUAAGAAGGUCCAUGCCGAGGAGUCCGAGUAG